UGCUGGGAACUUUGAUACCACCUUCCUGGUGGCCUCUCCUACAUUCGAAAGUCCCUCCUGGUGGGGUAGACUCAGUGAUGGGAGGGGGCUUGUUCAACUGGGGGGAUUCAGCCUGGGACCAGCAACCCACCAGGGGCAGCAGCCCCACAGCACCUUCCCCAGGGUGGCCUCGGCCGAGGGGGCCUUCAGCCCAGGGCUGGCCCCGUCCCAUGUGUCUGUGUGUGCUCCCUGUCUGGCAGGCUCGGCAGCCCCACCCCACUCCUCCUCCUCCUCACCAUCCCCUCCACCUGCAAAGGCCGGGAAGGGCCAGCCUCCCAGACAGAGAGGGCUGGCCAGCUGGAGUCAGAGGGGCCAUGUUUAUACCUUAAAUGGAAGGUCUUUCUCCUAUGCAGGAUUCCUGGGGCAGGGCGGCACCCGUCAGAGGCCUUGGUGAGCUUGUCUGAGCUUAGUCAGAUUCCAGGAAUUCCUGCAGCCCAGAGACCUGUUCAGCUUGAGCCUCUGGGGAACCAGCUCUUGUACUAACUUGAGCCUGAGUUAGCUGUGACCUGAUUAACCAAAGACCACUCUUAACCAGGGGCACGUGAUUGCUUUGGGGGGGGCUGUGAAAUGAGGCUCCCGACGGACCCUGGUUCUGAGGCCCCAGGGCCUGCUGUCCGCAGCCUCUCCAAGCCUCGGGGAUCUCCUCGGGGAGGCUGCUCAGGAUUCUCAGGGUCUUCAGGCUCUUUAGUGUAAGAUUCAUUUAGAUUCAUGUUCUGACUGAAUCUGUGGACGGUUAGAUAGUUGAAGGCUUCCAGCUGCCAGAUGUGAAACCCAUUCGUCUCCUCCGCUCCCUGGAGGGUGUCGUCCCCAGGACUGUCCUCCUGAGUGCUUCCAGCUGCCCCCGUGUCCUUUUGUGUGGGUGUCCAGUCCUUCCUGGCCAGCCACAGGAUCCGAGAGGAUAGAGCCUGGAGCUCCCUGUGUUUUUAUCUAUGGCCUUCCACGGCCCUCCACUGGCGCAGGAAACACAGCUGGUGGGGAGUUGGAAACGUGCUUCCGUGUGAAAAUUGCAAGCCCUGGCUGCCAUCGCACGUUCUGCCUCACUACAGGCUGCUGCACCCCAAUGGCAGGUGCCCCUGUGGCAGGUCUCUGAGGAUCGGCCUACAGAUCUCCCUGGACUACUGGUGGUGCAGCCACAUCGUCCUGCACGGGGUGGACGAGAACAGCCUGCGGUACUUGGAGGCCAUGUCUGCGUGUCACCAGCGGGCGGCCGAUGCCCUAGUGGCCGGGGCCAUCAGCAAUGGGGGCCUCUACAUCAAGCUGGGCCAGGGGCUGUGCUCCUUCAACCACCUGCUGCCCCCUGAGUACAUCCGCACUCUGCGUGUGCUGGAGGACCGGGCCCUCGCGCGCGGCUCCCAGGAGGUGGACGAGCUGUUCCUCGAGGACUUCCAGGCCCCGGCCCACGAACUCUUCCAGGAAUUUGACUACAAGCCGAUGGCAGCCGCCAGCCUGGCCCAGGUGCACAAGGCCCGGCUGCAUGACGGUACCCAGGUGGCCGUGAAGGUCCAGUACAUCGACCUGAGGGACCGGUUUGACGGGGAUGUGCACACUCUGGAGUUCCUGCUGCGCAUCGUGGAGCUCAUGCACCCCAGCUUCGGCUUCAGCUGGGUCCUGCAGGACCUGAAGGGGACCCUGGCCCAGGAGCUGGACUUUGAGAACGAGGGCCGCAACGCCGAGCGCUGUGCACGGGAGCUGACACACUUCCGCUAUGUCGUGGUCCCGCGUGUGCACUGGGACAAGUCCAGCAAGGUGGGCUGGGCCAGGCCCCCCCAGGGUGGGCAGCCGUGUGGGCCUGCUGAGCCAGCCCUUUGCUCUCUCCAGCGCGUGCUCACAGCCGACUUCUGCGAUGGCUGCAAGGUCAACGACGUGGAGGGCAUCCAGGGCCAGGGGCUGGCACUGCAGGACGUGGCGGAAAAGCUGAUCCAGGCCUUCGCUGAGCAGAUUUUCUACACAGGUUUCAUCCACUCUGACCCUCACCCUGGCAACGUUCUGGUGCGAAAAGGCCCAGACGGGAAGGCGGAGCUGGUGCUGCUGGACCACGGGCUCUACCAGUUUCUGGAGGAGAAAGACCGGGCAGCCCUGUGCCAGCUGUGGCGGGCGGUCAUCCUGAGGGACGACGUGGCGAUGAAGGCGCACGCAGCCACGCUUGGGGUGCAAGAUUACCUCCUGUUCUGUGAGGUGCUCAUGCAGCGCCCCGUGCGGCUGCGGCAGCUGUGGCGCUCCAACCUGCUGAGCCGCGAGGAGGCUGCCUACAUGCAGGACAUGGCGCGCGAGCACUUUGAUGGCGUCAUGGCCGUGCUCAAGGCCCUGCCGCGGCCCAUGCUGCUGGUGCUGCGCAACAUCAACACGGUGCGUGCCAUCAAUGCCGCGCUUGGCGCCCCCGUCGACCGCUACUUCCUCAUGGCCAAGAGUGCGGUCAGGGCCUGGGGCCGUCUGGCGGGCGCCACCUACCGGGGCAUCUACGGCUCUAGCCUCUUGCGCCAAGUCAAGGUCUUCUGGGAGAUGCUCAAGUUCGAAGUGGCCCUGAGGCUGGAGACGGCCUCCAUGUGGCUCACGGCCCACCUGCUCCGCAUCUUGGUCCGCCUGGGAGUCCUGGCCCCAGCCGAGGGGCUCUACGAGUACCUGGAGACCUAGGCAGCCCACACCACAGACCCAGGCCCACGAGCGCCACAAGGCCGAGCAGCUGACACCCAGGCCCGCCGGAGCCACACACCACGACUGGGGCCAGGGACACAGGGGGCUCGACCGCAGCCUGGCCAGAAGGCCCUGCAAUGACCACACGUUUUUCACAAACAAAAA